GUGCCAUCGUUCCAUCGGUGGGCGAACUGCAGCAGCCGCAUUUAGUCGGUGCUUUGUAGCUCAGUCAGCGUAAUCUGCGGUCAACUUCAUGUCGUAAGGAAGACUGGAGUUUUUCAUCAAACUUCAAGCAGUAAUCAUUAUCUUACCGCGCUCUGUUGCAUCAUGCUGACUCGUGUGUUCCGUGCCAUGGUCUUUUGGUGGCCUCUCACCCCGUGGGAGGUGAUUGUUGGAACAGUCACCCUCACUAUCUGUAUGUUGUCCAUGAACAUGUUCACUGGGAAUGACCAGAUCUGUGGCUGGAAACUUUGAUUGCCCCCAAAACAGAGGGAAAUUCUGAGCAGUGACAUCAUCAUCCUGACUAUUACACGUUGUAUCGCUAUCGUCUAUAUUUACUUUCAGUUCCAGAACUUGAGACAGCUGGGAUCCAAAUAUAUUUUAGGCAUUGCUGGCCUUUUCACCAUAUUUUCCAGCUUUGUAUUCAGCACAGUUGUCAUUCACUUUCUUGAUAAAGAGCUCACUGGCCUCAAUGAGGCUUUGCCCUUCUUUUGCUUCUCUGACCUCUCAAAAGCAUGCACUCUUGCCAAGUUUGCCUUAAGCUCUAGUUCUCAGGAUGAAGUGAGCAACAUUGCUCAUGGAAUGGCAGUACUAGGACCUACCUUUACUUUGGAUGCUCUUGUGGAGUGCUUAGUGAUUGGAGUGGGAACCAUGUCAGGUGUAAGGCAGUUGGAAAUCAUGUGCUGCUUUGGAUGCAUGUCUGUCUUGGCCAACUACUUUGUGUUCAACUUUUUCCCAUCAUGUGUCUCACUGUUGUUGGAGCUGUCUCGUGAGAGUCGGGAGGGCCAUCCUAUCUGGCACCUAAACCACUUGUCCAGAGCAAUGGAGGAGGAGGACAACAAACCCAACCCUGUAACACAGAGAGUCAAGAUGAUCAUGUCUCUCGGCCUAGUGAUGGUUCACGCUCAUAGCCGCUGGAUCGCUGAGCCAUUGUCCAUAAACUCUACAGUGGAAGUGCUAGAUGUUGGCAUGGAGCUGGACCACCUCUCACCCAGGAGGAUCGAGCCAAAUAAACCUCUUUGGCAAUUCUACCGCACAAGGAUGAUAACCAUGGACAUAGAACAAAUGAUCUGCCUGGCAUUGGCCCUGCUGCUAGCUAUCAAGUACAUCUUCUUUGAGCAGUCUGAGAUGGAAUCUACACUGUCAUUGAAGAGCCCCAUCUCCCUUUCCACCCACACCUUAAAUCUUCCAUGUCCAUCUAAGAUGUGCUGCAGGCAGGAUGUGCUUACUUCACAAUCCCUAACCCACACCCCUGCUCAGAAUAUGGCUGUCCCAGGACCUGCCCAUAAGGAAGAGAGAGAUGAGGUUAUCCGGCCUCUGUCUGCUACGGACACUAAUCACCAACCAAGGACCUUUUUUGUAAUGGGGGAAGAAGAAGGAGAAUCCAAGAAUGAGACCACUCAGCCUAGCAUCCCCCAAAAGCUCAGACCCCUCGAUGACUGUGUGGCCAUCUUCAACAACCCUAAGCUCGGCCCUCGUUUUUUGAGUGAUGGUGAGGUGAUGCUGCUUGUCAGCUCUAAACACAUCCCUGCCUACAAACUGGAAGCCAUGAUGGAGACACCAGAAAGAGGAGUGGCCAUUCGAAGACAGAUGGUAUCAGCAAAGCUUCCCUGUCCCUCUGCGCUCUCCUGUUUGCCAUACACAGAUUAUGACUACUCAAAGGUUGUAGGCACCUGCUGUGAGAACGUGAUUGGCUACGUGCCCAUACCUGUGGGUGUGGCUGGACCGUUACAUCUGGAUGGGAAGCAGUUCCAGGUUCCCAUGGCAACGACAGAAGGCUGCUUGGUAGCCAGCACCAAUCGCGGUUGUCGAGCAAUUGCACUGGGUGGUGGAGCCAGUAGUUGUAUCUUGGCUGACAGCAUGACUAGGGGACCUGUAGUGAGACUACCCUCUGCCUGCCGCGCUGCUGUGGUCAAAGCCUGGCUGGAGAGCACAGAUGGUUUUCAGGCCAUCAAAGAAGCCUUUGACAACACCAGCAGGUUUGCUAGGCUUCAGAAACUGCUAGUUGGUCUGGCUGGGAGAAAUCUUUAUAUCCGCUUUCAUUCUAAGACUGGAGAUGCCAUGGGGAUGAAUAUGAUCUCUAAGGGUACAGAGCAGGCUCUGAGAAUACUGCAGCAGCACUUCCCAGAGCUGCAGGUGGUGGCUGUCAGUGGGAACUACUGCACAGACAAGAAGCCAGCUGCCAUCAACUGGAUUGAAGGCAGGGGCAAGUCUGCUGUCUGUGAAGCCACCAUCCCUGCUGAGGUGGUCAGAGAGGUUUUGAAAACAACCACAGAGGAUCUGGUGGAAAUUAACAUCAGUAAGAACCUUGUGGGUUCAGCCAUGGCAGGUAGCAUUGGUGGAUUUAAUGCGCAUGCAGCCAACCUGGUCACUGCCAUCUACAUAGCAUGUGGACAGGAUCCAGCUCAGUCAGUGGGCAGCAGUAACUGCAUCACCCUCGUGGAGUCAUCAGGUCCAACAGGGGAGGACCUGUACAUCUGCUGCACUAUGCCAUCUAUAGAACUGGGCACUGUAGGAGGAGGAACCAACCUGCUUCCCCAACAAGCCUGUCUCCAGAUGCUGGGUGUGCAAGGAGCCAGUGAGGACUGUCCAGGGGAGAAUGCUCGGCAGCUGGCCAGGGUUGUGUGCGCCACCGUACUGGCUGGAGAGCUCUCACUGAUGGCUGCUCUGGCUGCUGGGCAUCUGGUCAAGAGUCAUAUGACCCACAACAGAUCUAAAGUAAACUUGCAGCAGACUUCAGGAACGUGUUCGAGGGAAACGUCCUGAAGGAACAACUUGGCCUUCUUCAGAAAACUUGCAUUACUGAUCAAAGGUUUUACAGCCAGAAAAAAUGUGGACAGUCUAAAAAGGAUAACUCAGUCAUCAAUGACUGAGGACAAUAGACACACUCCAAGUGCUUUCAAAGAGACUUUCUGCAGACCAGUUUCUAUUCUGGACAUGGAAAACGUUAAUCACCAUUUUUACUUUCUGCAUCUGGUUGUUUGAUAAGACUGUUGGUUCUGAACAAUCACAGAAUGGGUUUUUGGAUUCAAAUUAAACCUUUCUACCAACGCCACUUUGAGAACUGUGAAUACAGAAACAAUGAUACCUGCAAGAGGGACUUUAUGAUUAUUAAAUUUAUGAGAUAUGGGUAUUGGAUGUCAGAAGAAAUGCUAUGUACCACAGAUUGUGUAUUGUUUCAUUUCUUUGUCACAGUUUGUGAAUAUCACAGAGACACAUUGUGUUUCAGUUAUUAAUCAUUCAAUGCACUUCAGUCUUUGGGAAUUAAUCAAUAAAAAUGUCAAUGACAUUAGA